UCUCUCUCAUCUUCCCCACUUGCCGUCUUCUGCGUCUUCAUCUUCUCUCUAGCUCUUUUCUUCCUCCAUCUUCCGUAUUUUAUCUUCCUUUCUCUAGAUUCUCUCUUUCGAUUUCGUCAAAAUCUUAGUUGUAGAUUCCCAACGAUUGUGAUGCCUACUUGGUGGGUGAGGAAGUCCGGAAAGAACAAAGACGAUUCUCACCUUGUUCAGACCCAAACUCGUUGUAUUGCCGACAAGAGUAUCAGAAGAAUCUCCGCUGAUAACAAAUCCAACGGUGAUCCCGUCACUUCUUCUCGCUGCACCCCACGUUCCAGCCGUGAAUUCACCGGCGCUUCUGGUUUCUCCGACGAGAAGAAGUGCCAUCCUCUCCCUCUCCCAUCGGUCUCUACUUUGGUUCCUAACGAUCACGUAAGCGGAUCUGUUUCUGGAUCGGCUUCUGUUUCAAGCGUUAGCUCAUCUGGAUCAGCUGAAGAUCAGAGUCAACCCACUGCUCCUAGGAAAUCUAAUGCAGCAGCAGCUUCUCCAAAGGCAGGAACUAAAUCCACCUCUCCACUGCAUAACAGAUUCUCUGGCAUGACCUUAGAGUCUUCGACAGGGAGGUAUGAUGAUGGGAGGUUCUCUGAAUACCACCCUUUGCCUCUACCGCCUGCUUCUCCAACAAGCCCCUCUGUUGUGCUUCCGUGUUCUCCUACAAGCCCUUCUGCUGUGCAAGGCUCUUGGGUUGUAGGAGGGUCAGAGUCGUCUCCUUUGGGGGUUUCCAAGUGGAAAAAAGGGAGGUUUAUAGGGAGUGGCACCUUUGGGAAAGUCUAUCAAGGGUUUAACAGUGAGGAAGGAAGAAUUUGUGCUAUUAAAGAGGUCAAAGUCAUUUCUGACGACAAAAACUCAAAGGAAUGUCUGAAGCAACUAAAUCAGGAGAUAAAUGUGCUGAGCCAGCUUUGUCAUCCGAAUAUUGUUCAAUAUUACGGAAGUGAACUGAGUGAAGAAACCUUGUCCGUUUACUUGGAGUAUGUGUCAGGUGGCUCAAUCCAUAAACUACUCACGGAGUAUGGUGCUUUCACUGAACCUGUUAUACAAAACUACACACGGCAGAUUCUGUCUGGGCUUGCCUAUUUGCAUGGACGAAAUACAGUGCAUAGGGACAUCAAAGGAGCAAAUAUAUUAGUGGAUCCGAAUGGUGAAAUCAAGUUGGCAGAUUUUGGGAUGGCCAAACAUGUAACAGCCUAUUCUACUAUGCUUUCUUUCACGGGGAGUCCUUAUUGGAUGGCACCCGAGGUUGUGAUGCACAAAAAUGGCUACACUCUUGCAGUCGAUGUGUGGAGUUUGGGUUGUACUAUUCUCGAAAUGGCGACAGCAAAACCACCUUGGAGUCAGUUUGAAGGGGUCGCCGCAAUUUUCAAAAUCGGGAACAGCAAAGACAUGCCAGAAAUACCUGAUCACCUUUCAAAUGAUGCAAAAACUUUUAUAAGACUUUGUCUGCAACGAAAUCCAACAGUACGUCCUACAGCUGCUCAGCUUCUAGAACACCCUUUUCUACGUGUACACUCACCGAGAGUGGCUACUACUAGCAUGCACAAAGAUGCCUCCCCACGAAUCUCCGAUGGAAUCUCUACAAUGCCUACAAGGGAACCACCCUAUUCAGGGAGACAUCCCGUCUUUCAUCCUAUAAAGAGCCCGAGCAGAGAAAACGCAAGAGCCAUCACAUCCUUGCCUGUAUCUCCAUGUUCAAGCCCUUUACGGCAACUUGGACCAGCAUACAAAAGUUGUUUCCUGUCACCUCCUCAUUCGUCUUAUGCAUUUCCUGUGCAAGACAGUGGGUACACCCAAGCGGAGUUUGCUGCAAGUCCUUUUAGGUUCAAGAAAGACACAAUAACAGAGCAAUCUAGUUACAGAGCCCAAACGUCGAAUUCAACCUUCAGAUCAAGACUGGUGUAGAAAAUUUAAGUGAAGAUUGAGAUUUUUGAGUGAGCCGCAACCAAAGAGUUGGCCCAAGGAGAAUGUAUAGACACAGUCUCUCUCCUAGUUUGGCUCUCCUUCUCUAGACUCUGGUCUGUGUGUGGGAGAAUCAGAACUGGAACAAGAGGAGGAAGGGUUAUGUGUAAACAGGGGUAAAAAAAGAAGAAAAAAAUGUAAAAAGCAACAUGAACAUGAAUACAAAGAUUAUAGAAGUGACAAUUAAAGAUAGUAAGUUGUGUUUUUAUACAAUGAUGAUAUGAAAUUCAGUCUUUUGUUCUCAAAAACAACCCUGAGUGUUGUAUGGUUCACAGUGUAAAUAUUUCCUUAGAAAAAGUUGAUGAGUUUGAUUAUUUCUAAUCUUUUGGGU